CAGCCCAUUGCUCUCAAGUUUGUCCAAAAUUCGGUCAUACAUUUCCAAAUCCUUGGCCAUAAAUAGAAAUUUGUAGUAAUAAAUUCGCAUUAAUUCUGAUUUUAUUUUGAAUAAUUGACGAUUCUUUCAUUGAUUGCAUUUUGAAUCCAAUAAUUUGAAUUCAUCUCUUCUUCAUCUUGGAUUUCAAGCUUAUGUUCUUGUUCUUCUUCACCUCAGUCUAGAUUUUUGUAUGCAUAUAGAAAUUCAGUCGAAUUGAGUAAUUUAGGGCAAGAAUGACGUGCGAGAUGAAUCGUGUUGGAGACGAUGAACUACAACUCAUAGAUUUUUCGGAGGAAGAUGAUUACUUAAUCGCGUUUCCUUUUCGCGAUUCUCUCGAAGAUCUCCGACUUUCAGUAACAUACGACAAUCUGAAUGAGUGUGAUCGUAUCAAGGUGUUUGAAAGUAUUAAUUCGCAAGUAGUAGAGCGGAUUGAUGAAGCACAGUUUGAAUCCAUGGAGCCAAGAAGACCAAGUUUCUUGCGUAAAAGCUUAGCUUGGGACAAUGCCUUCUUCACUAGUGCAGGUGUGUUGAACCUCGAAGAGCUGUUUAUGAUAAAUAAAGGCUUCAAAAAACCUGAAUCCAAUCACCAAACUCCUCGUAAUAAACUUACUCUUAAGAAUCAAACAUCAUCUGCCUCCAAGAAAUCAAAUAUCUGCUCUCAAAACAAGGUCAAACCAGUAUCUGGAGCUUCAAAACUGGUCUCAUCUAAACAUACUAACAAAGCAUCUGUUGAAGAAUCAGAAUCAUAUAGCAUGAAAACAAAGCAUAAAUCCAGAAAAGCAGGAUUAGGGACAGAUUUAAAUGUUUCCAAGAGGUCUCGAUGGGGAGACUUAUCUGGUCUUCCUAAAUCAACUCCUUUUACUUCUCAAAAGGAUUUAAAAGCUGAUUCCUCAUAUGAAUCAUCUUCUAGUGCUUCUUCAUCUUCUAAAUCCAGUAGAAAGGAAAUCAAUCACAAAAACACAAAACCAACUUCAUCCACGUCCCCUUGUAGCUCCAUUGAAGGAUGGUUAUCUUCAUCUUCUUCUAAAACACCUGAAUACGCAACAACAUCAUCAAUGGAAAGUCUCCUUCUUUCUAGUGGGCCUAAAAGAAAGAUCAAAUCUUCAGGUCUUCGAAUGCCAUCACCAAAGAUUGGAUUCUUUGAUGAGGGACAACCCUUUAAAGGAAGUAUGCAGGAGAAAGAGAGUCCUUUACAAUUACAUAACAGAAACAGGCUAAACAAAAACAAAUUCCAGUUAUCUAAUCUUUCUCCUUCUGUUACCCCUGAGAAUUGUUCAAAAGUUAGAAAAGCUUUCAAUGAUGGAAGAAAAAGUGGUGUGAGUUUUAGCAAGUUGAAGGUGGAUGUGAAUAUACAAAAGGAAAUAUCAAACAAGCAGAAAGAUGAAGCUAUGAUAGACAUGAAAGAAAAGCAAGAUGAGAGUGAUCAGAAAGAGAAUGUGUUUAGUUUUGAAGAUCAAGUCAAUGGUUUAACCAAAUGCUUAGAGGUCAUUGAUCUAGAUAGGGAUGUGGGUCCAGAGGUCAAAGGUCAACUCUCAAGAACUCCAUUGGCUGAAAAAAUUUAUGGUAAGCAAUAGAAUUGCAUUAUAAUUUUGUUUCUUUUUACAUCAACUAUCUUAUAGUUUUAUAUUUCAUCUUUUUUUUUUUAAUCUUUGAUUGUUAAGAGCAAAUAAGUCCAUCCUUUUGCAUAGUUUUAUGGAAUGAAAAUUUAUUUGUGUUGGUUGUCUCAUAUCUUUGGUUACUUGGAAUUUUUUUCGUGC